AUGGAAUGGCUAGAUAUCUUCAGCAUUAUCUUGGAUAUUCCCAUCCCAAUCGCCAUCUUCUUUGACUUAUAUCUCCUACGAACCUUCCUAAACGACAAAAAGUUAUGCCCGGUGUUUGCCUGGUGUCUCAAAAAUAUAUUUUUUACCCAUAUGGUGAUCUAUGGGUCUGAAUUGUUUAUUAGGUUGCCGGCACAGAUUGGAUUAUUCCAGGAAUUUUAUAAAAGCCAUGCUGCCGUCAUCGGGAAGGUGUUCUUCGGAAUUACAAUAGCUUGGCAAGGCCAAUCAACCCAUUGGAAUGCUGUUCUAGCGCUUACGCGCUUAUGGUGUGUCAUCGGCAGUGUGUCAUUUCAACAUAUGUGGACAAAUCGCGUGCAAUGGAUUAUCGCAGCCGCGCUGUGGGGCCAAAACGUGCUCCUAACCCUUCAUAUUUUCCUCAACGUGGAUUAUCGAUACUGGGAAAUGGUA